UAGCGUUCUUGUUGCCAAUCUAAUCUUAUCUAGAGCUGAACUAGAACAACUAGUCAUCCCCUAGUGCUAGUACUACGAACCGGAAGUUGUCGUGGACCGCUGCUUUUCUGCUGUAAGAGGAAUCACGCAACAGCUACCAUGAUCCAUGCUGUGCUCAUCUUCAACACAUCCGGGAUUCCAAGGCUGACCAAGUUUUACACGCCCCUCCACCAAUCUUCUCAGAUAUUGAUACAGAAAAUAUUCUCUCUCAUAUCCAUCCGGCCUGCAGGACUCUGCAACUUUCUAGAUGCACCGGAGCUCGAGGCGUUUCUUGGCCCAAAGGAUGGUUCGGACGAGAGAUGGCGCGUUGUCUACCGAAACUACGCCACUUUGUACUUUGUCUUCGUCGUCGAUGGUGCAGAAAGUGAACUGGGCAUACUGGACUUGAUACAGGUUUUUGUGGAAGGGCUCGAUAGGCACUUUGAGAAUGUCUGUGAAUUGGACUUGGUGUUUCAUUUCGACGAAGCGCAUCACAUUCUCGCAGAAAUCAUACAAGGCGGUCUUGUCUUGGAGACCAAUGGAGAUGAAAUCAGUAACUCAGUGAAGCUAGCUUCGAAGGCCAGAAGGAACUCAUUUGCAUCAUCAAAUCCUUUGUCUCUAGGCAGCGGACCCGGCGGUCCGCGAAGCGGAUCUCUGCAGACUCCACUAGGAUGGUUGACUGAUAGGCUGGCAGGUGUCGCCACUCGAUAAGCUGCUAGGAAUAAGUUUCAUGUAUAGUUGGGCGAUGUUAGUUGUACAGUGUUAAAUAAAGAUAGUAGGUUUUCACAACCCCCAAUUCAACUACAACACCAAUUGU